AUGUUCACAUAAAAUUUAAUUUGCAUUGUUUAGUUCUCUGGGUCAAAGCUGUGAUAUGUCAGAGAGGGAUUACGGAUAAUUCAUCUUGUUUGGCACAUUAAUGAAAUUGCAUUGUUGGAUACCAUCAUUAUAAAAUAGAUGUAAAUGUAUUUCCGGUCUCGGGACUUAUCCGUCUUCCGCCCUGAUGCCCUUGUAGCUAUGGAAACUCGUCAAUGGCAACAUCCACCAGCCUGUUCACCCGUUUUGACCAGGGGCGCCGAGUGUGAUAGCUAGCUAGCUGGCUUUAUGUGUGCCAGAAUUACCGAUCCAUUACCAAGGUUUCAAGAUGGCGUUACAACGACUGACGGCUUUGUUCAUCCUUUAUUCGAUUCUCGGCUACAUUCCAUCACGUGGGGUAAUCCUCCGAACCACAGACAAGACUGUGUGGGCAAAUGAAUUUGAACCUAUUGAGUUGACCUGCUUGAUAGAGUCCAUCUCAACAAACCACCCCAGAAUCGAAUGGAAGAAAAUCAAAAACGGUGUCCCUAGUUAUGUGUACUUUCAAAAUCAAAUUUCAGGGGACUUGGAGCACAGAGCCCAGCUGAUCCAGCCAGCCAACCUACUGAUCCUCAACACCAGCCGUGCAGACACUGCAGAGUACCGCUGUGAGGUCGCUGCCAUUGAUGACCACAAACACUUUGAUGAAAUUCUAAUCAGUCUUGCUGUCAGGGUAAAGCCUGUGGUGCCCAGGUGCAGUGUGCCUGUGGCGGUGACUGUUGGCACGUCCUCUGAGCUGCGCUGCCUAGAGAACGAGGGCUUCCCUGCCUCACAGUACCGCUGGUUCCGCAACAACGAGGAGCUUCCCCAGGACCCAAAGAGCAGCCCCAAGUUCAUCAACUCCACCUACUCCAUUAACGCUGACACAGGUGGUCUGAAAUUCCGCAGGAUGAGGAAGGAGGAUGCGGGAGAGUAUUUCUGCCAAGCAAAGAAUGAAGCUGGACAUGCACAGUGUCCCGCACAGCUGAUGGACGUCUAUGAUGUCGACAUAGUGGGGAUUUUUCUGAAGGUGUUGGCGGCAUUGGCCGGAUUCACUAUUGUGAUGGUGGGAGUUUAUCAUGCACACAAACAUGGCUGCUUUUCCUCCGGCAAGGAUCACACAGGAACCAACUACAAAUCGCCAGCAGCAGAUGAUGGUGUUGAAUAUGCCGAAGCAGAUGAGGGUCACUUCCGGCACAAAUCAUCAUUUAUAAUUUGAAAUCUGAGAUAGAAGACCGUCAAGAGGGGAAACACUGAAGAGGAGACACACUGAAGAGGAGACACACUGAAGUCAAAAGAGCAUCAAAUCCCAUAAUAGGACUUUGUGUGAGAAAUUUAAGCUGUAACAUUGCACAUUCUUUUUUGGUGCGCAUCAACAAUUAGCUUACCAAA